GUCCAUUCAUUAUUUGAUUUGAAUUGAUGUGAUUUGCAUUGUAUUGCAUUGAGACGACUUUUCUUCCAACAUCCAGCAAUCUCGUCGCGCCCGCUUAAGCUGCCCAGGAGUCAGCCCAGCCCAGCCAGGGUGUAUGGCCCCACUCACAUCUAUCUCUCUAUCCCACCUGUCCACGCGGCCGGAUGCUCACUCACGCCGGGAGGAGCGUGCCUCACCUCAUAGCGUUCCUGCUGUUGGCUGCUGCUGGCUGUUGGCCGCUGCGCCUCGUCGUGAUAUUUCUUCCAUGUAUCAUCAUCACGAUGACACAGUACAUAUAUCCAUGGCACGACGCAUCCUGUGGCGGUGCGAGGAGACGGCACGGCACGUCCAGGGACGAUAUGCUCGAUCUGUGGCGAACGUCAUCCAUCGUGCGAGUAUAUAUCAUAUACAGAUAUAUAUGCAAUACGGUGAUGUGGUAUUGGUGGAGGAGUACGAUACGGGGAUUUCUCCUUCUCGGUGGUCCUGUCUGUCCCUCUGCCUGUUUUAUCCUGUUUCUGCGGCGAGAUCUGGGACUUUUGUUCUGUGGCAGGUGGACACGGAGGUCGAGUGCUGUGAAAUGACCAUGUUGAUAGAUCGAGGAAGAAGAAGAAGAAGAAUGAUCGCGCAGAGGGAGUCGUGUUUCUCGUCGUCAUCGGGCCUGUUUUCGUACUGG